AUGAAGCCUUAUCGCCUUGUGCACCACCAAAGGUCAGUGUACAAUGAGGAUUUGCUGUUGAAUCCGAAAGAGCAUCCAAAUAUCAAAAAAGGUGACAUUGUAGAAAUUUUCCAUCAAGAUGAGCACGAUGAGACUGGCAAGCAACGAUGCCGACUACUGUUGCAAGUGUCACACACAAAAGAUACUCAAGGACGGCCUGACUACAUCAGUGUCGAAUCAUCAAUAGCUCUUACAUUUAAUUUGAAAAAUUAUGGAGAUGUUUACAUGCAAGUCGUUAAUCCUUUGAAUGUGGCACUGGACAGUGUUGAAAUGGUUUUUCCAUGGUUAGAAACAAACAAAGAAAAAAAAACAUUCAAGGACCAAUACAUGGGACGAUCUGAAAUGUGGCGCCUCAAGUUGCAUCUCACAAACACGUGCGUCUACAUAAACAAGAAAAUCGAAUACUGUGAGUCAAUUCGUUGUCAAGUCUAUGAGAUGUGGAGCUUUGGUGAGCGAGUAUCAUGUGGUGUCAUCACUGAAGAUACUAAGGUUGUCUUCCGUUCCUCAACCUCAAUGGUCUACCUUUUCAUCCAAAUGAGCUCUGAAAUGUGGGACUUUGACAUCCACGGCGACCUCUAUUUUGAAAAGUCUGUCAAUGGCUUCCUAACAGACCUCUUUGCAAAGUGGAAGAAGCAAGGCAGCAAUCACGAAGUCACAAUUGUCCUUUUCUCGCGAACUUUUUAUGCUGCAAAGUCACUUGAAGAAUUUCCAGUUCACAUGCGUGAUUGUCUUCAGAUGGACUAUAAAGGAAGAUUUUUUGAGGAUUUUUAUCGUGUUGCCAUUCAGAAUGAGCGAAAUGAUGAUUGGAGUACAAUUUUAGUGCAACUAAGAAGGCUGUUUACGUCCUAUAAGGAUAUUGUGUUGAAAUAUCACGAAAGACCGGGAUUUAUAAUUCCACCGGCAACAAACUCAACAGCAAGUCAGGGAAACUUUCUGGAAGUUCUCAAUAUUUCACUGAAUGUGUUCGAAAAGCAUUACUUGGAUAGAAGUUUUGAUCGUACUGGACAAUUGUCGGUUGUGAUAACGCCAGGCGUUGGUGUCUUUGAAGUUGACAGGGAAUUGACGAAUAUCACUAAGCAGAGGAUAAUCGACAACGGUGUCGGCAGUGAUCUCGUAUGUUGUGGUGAACAACCCCUACAUGCUGUUCCACUCCUGAAAUUCCACAACAAAGAUCCAUCACUUAACACAGUUGAUGACUAUUCAAUGCCUCACUGGAUUAAUUUAAGUUUUUACUCAACAAAUAAAAAAGUUGCUUACUCAUCCUUCAUCCCGAGAAUCAAACUCCCUCCAUUUAUGAAAAAGUUUGACGAGGAAAGCAUCGAGGAGCAACAAAUUCGGAAGUUAAAAGAUGAAAUUAAUUUUUAUUCAGACACAAAUACAGAAUAUAUUCAUAACUCUUUGUAUGAUUAUGAUGCAUAUGAUGCACAAGUCUUUGCGAUUCCAUCAUCAGGAAUAAAAAGUAAUCCAAAAGCUAAGAAAUCUGCUGUGCCAAGCUUUGAUGGAUAUAAUUCACUUUCAAUGUCAAUGACGGCUAGUAAAGACUGGGAUAAUGGAGUUCAGAGAAACCGAAAGAUGUCAGAUCCAGAUAUUCAUCAUUCACAUAGCUUCAGUGAUGAUUCUGGUCCAUUAACUCUCCGUGAAUCCAUGUCACAGUCAACAUUGUCAACAGUAAAAUCUAGAAAAGCAAUUCCAGUUCGUACCGGACGAGCUUUAAUCAAUCCAUUCGAUCCAAGUCAUGUCACAAUUAAGCUAACAUCAAAUCGAAGACGAUGGUCGCAUAUAUUUCCAAAAGGACCAACGGGUGUCCUUAUACAGCAACAUCACUACCAGGCUGUGCCUUCAAAACAAAUUCAAGAACCAACUUUAGAGCGUGAAGACUCAUUUAGCUUCCUUAACAUUGAUGAUUAUGUUCAUAAUGUAUUGUGUGCUCAUCACAAUAGUAGUAGUAAUGGAACUAUUGGUAGAAAGCAGCAUAGCAGCUUAUCAGGACGGUCAAUCGAUAAGUAUGACGAAGACUUUAGAUACAGUAACAACAAUACGCCAGUCGAUAGAGGCAACUAUUUAAAUGAUAGCUUAUUCUUGAAAAGUCGAAAGGUGUCACUACUAAAUUCAUCAUUUAGUACAAUAACUGCAACCUCAACUCCAUCAAAGACACUGCUUUGGGGUGCAACAGGUGAACAAGAUUGGACACCACAACUCACGACAGCUGGAAGAAUCAUAAUAGGCGUCGACUGGAAGUCUUUGACAAUUCCAGCAUGUCUUCCAAUCACCACGGAUUAUUUUCCUGAUAAACGAGCACUAAACAACGACUAUGUGCUGUCAAUUUAUACUUUACUACCUGACGAUGUUAAUGCUGACUUUAUGAGGCUACGAGCAGUACAAAGGAAGCCAUUGUCAACUGAAGAAGUCUUUAGGGAGCUAGUGUCACAAAGAUUGUCACAGGGUUUUCAACUAAUCAUCCUCUCCGAGCACUUAUACACGCACAGCAAACCACCAGUAGCUCCAUGCUGUGGCGGAAUCAUCCAACAAAGAUCAUCAUUAGUAGCUCCAGUUGCUAUCGAACAUCCUAAAGAAUAUUUACUGUCAAUUGGUAGAAUAUUUCAUAAAAUAACACUUUAUGGAUCAGAAAUUAAGAUCACAAGGUAUCGUCCAAGGCAUCCGUAUCCACCAAUUAAUGUUGACUAUCGAUAUCGAUUUCAUGCACCAAAUCAUGACACUUAUGAGGUGUCUGGUGUUAAUUUUACUACUGAAAAGUUAGAGAACUUUAACUGGAAUCAUAUGGAUCAAUAUAUUUGUACGAGGGGUGAUUUUGACUUUAUGCUAUUGGAGCAAAUGAAGUACUGGCGCUACCGGAUGUACCUCCUACCCAAAGAAGAUCCAAUAAUGAAGAAAAUUCAGGAUGAAAAUCUCGAAUAUUGUGACAUUUACAUGAAAGAAACAACUGUGGCAAUUCAGAAGCAACAAGUCGAGGAGUUCUUGAGACUUGUUGAGACGCAUUUGAACAAAGUUAAGCGAGUUAAAAAGCCUAGGGGAAGUCCAACAACAUCUCACUUGACAAGGAGAAGACACAGUACGAGUACGAGCAUUCAGUCAAGACCACCGGCUGUGAGCCAAAAUCAGGCACCGCAAAAUUCACCGUUUAGAGAAAGAGUUGGAAGCAACAAAUUUCCGGAAAGAUUAAGACCAAGAUCAGGUUCGAAGAUUGAGACGAGAUCGACGUUUAUGCAGUUGCAGGUUCAGCUAGCUGAGAAGAAUGCUAAAGCAGAAAGUGAGGACAACGAUGAUUGUUUCGCGCCAGAACCACCAAAAUUCAAAGUCACAUCACCAAUCACUGAAAUCUUCGAAGCCUUCCGCAACUUAAACAACGGUGUUGGGUUCCUUGAACCUUUACCAAGCAUGCCAUCUCUUGUGUUCACAUCAUAUGAUGCCAUAAUGUGGGUCUAUAAUCGAGUAGAAGGAGUCACAAAUCCAAUUGAGAUACUAGAAGCUAUGCGAGAUCAACGACUUAUUUGUCAUGCGAGCGGUGACAUAAAAAUGCCAGUUGUGCCUGGAUUUUAUUUGUACUACAUUGUCCCACAAGACAUAAGUUCAGCAGAUUACAAGCCACCACUUGGUGAUCAUGAAGCAUUUAGUUUCGAAUGGAUGGAAGUUGAGAUUCCAAUAGCAUUCAUAACACCACCAACGAAAGCUUCACAAACACCAACGACGGAAGUAACAACGCCAAGUGAGAAUGAUGUUCCAUCAUUUUUGAAGGAGGAAAUUGAGAGAAAGAAUUUAGAUGGAAAAUUAUACAGGCAUUCACAUCUAGAAAUUGAUUUAUCACAAAAAAGUGAUAGAACUGAAUGGGGACAUGCCAGGUAUCACAAACAUUUCAUUCCUGGAAAUGCUUUUGAGAUUGUUGUUCAGUGGGUUACGGCUAGUGGUCCUAUUGUUUAUGAUUUGAUCUACAACUGGAGCCGUAAAGCACAACAAUGUGGCUACCAACUCGUACCGAUCCCAUGUGAUCCACUAGCUGAACCAUUCAGUCAAUUUGAAAAGUCAGACCCUCUUCGUGGUCCAAUCUUCAUCCCACUCAACAUUGAUUGCCUUCAACAGAGCCGAACAAGUCUCUUUGAGGACUUUAAACGUGAAACUUGGACAGAUCGAAUGCUGCUCUUUCAGGAAGAAAUUGUUAAACGUUUUGGAUUCGUUUUACGUGAAAGUGAGGUUAAAACUGGAUCAAAUGACAUCUCACCAGAUUGGCAAUAUGUCCAUGUGACGGGUAAUAUGUUUAUCCUUUUAACAUCAGCAACAAAUAAAGUACGAAGCACAUUAAGACGACUUGGUAUGGGAAAUGUUCAACAUUCGAGUCCAACUGAAAGUUUAAAAUCACAAAAGAGACUGAAAAAUUAUUAUCAUACGCAGCAAUCGUUGCCAAAUUCAGCACCACAAAAAGAAAAUUAUAUAAAUCGAAGUGUUCAAAAUAAUUCAAGCAAUGGAAGUCGUGACUCUGAUGAUGAGAGCUUCUCUGGUAUGCCAAGGAAGCAUCCUGUAGGAUUUUUAUGGCAAUGGAAUCACAUGAUUGCCAAUAAGCGAUGGAAGUCACACACAAUCGCUAAUUCCGAUGAAAUCUUUCAACUUAGAAUGUUAAGGGACUUUAGGAACUUUUGUUUAAAUGUAGACGGACGUCUGUUAAAGUUUUGGGAUGAAGCUUGGGAGAAGAAGGAAAGAUUGUCAAUAGUGAGUUCAAAUUAG